CCACCGCGGAUAUGGGGAGACGUUUGUUUUAAUAUUCCUCGCCGUUAUGUGCCUGCAAAGAUAAAAAGCAUUUGCCGUUUUCAUUUCCACGCUUAAGAAAUUACCAGAAAGCGGCUUUAAUUGGAUUUCUAGGAUACAAGCAGGCGGUGAGCAGGAUGGCCCGUUGCCUCUCAGCUGUACCGGCGUGCUGCAUGUGGAUAUGAAAUGACAGGCUGCAGAUGGUCCUUUUUUACCUUUAGAAAGUUCUCUCUUUUGGGGGGCCAAAUUCAUAUCUGUGAUCCAGUAGGCAUCGCAGAUCCCUUGAGGUGUUGAUGGUGGGUUUUCUGGAUUGAUUGCGUGGUGUUGAACUGCGAACAUGGAUCCAGCAAAGAAAGCAGAUGCCCCUCCUGCGGGCGAUGCAGGAAAAUCAGACACCCUCGGGUCAACUGGCUCGGCCAGAAAAAGAGGAGGGGGGGCCAAGAAGGCGAUGCAGGCGAACAAGUCUGCCCUCAGGGCCCCCCGAGCUCUCUGCUGCCUCACACUCAGCAACCCCAUCCGCAUGGCAGCACUGGCCCUAGUGGAGUGGAAAUAUCCUUCUCUGAUUCCCAAGCCCUUUGAUAUUUUCAUUCUUCUUGCCAUUUUUGCCAACUGUGUGGCCAUGGGGGUCACCAAGCCGUACCCCGAUGAUGACUCCAACGCUACCAAUCACAAACUGGAACAAGUCGAGUACGUCUUCCUUGUCAUCUUCACCAUCGAGACCUUCACUAAAAUUCUUGCCUACGGCUUAGUCAUGCACCCCAGCGCCUACAUUCGCAGCGGAUGGAACUUUCUUGAUUUUGUCAUCGUCAUUGUCGGGUUGUUCAGUGUGAUAGCAGAGGCCAUGACAGAUCAUAAACCAGGAGAGGCCCAUCACGCUGCGGGAAAACCUGGAGGCCUGGAUGUCAAAGCUCUCAGAGCAUUCAGGGUGUUGAGACCGCUUCGACUUGUAUCUGGAGUGCCAAGUCUACAAAUUGUGUUGAACUCCAUCAUGAAAGCCAUGGUCCCCCUUCUCCACAUUGGUAUGCUGGUCAUGUUUGUCAUCAUCAUCUACGCUAUCGUCGGCUUGGAGCUCUUUAUCGGCAGGAUGCACAAGACAUGCUACUCCACGGUCACAGGUCUCAUUAUAGAAGAUGACCCGACACCUUGUGCUUUUGCCGGCAACGGGCGCUUUUGUGUCGGCAAUGGGACUGAGUGCAGGGGCAAGUGGGAGGGUCCCAAUGGCGGCAUCACAAACUUCGACAACAUUUUCUUCGCCAUGCUGACAGUUUUCCAGUGCAUCACUAUGGAGGGAUGGACAGACGUGUUGUACUGGAUGAAUGACGCCAUUGGAUUUGAGAUUCCGUGGAUUUACUUUGUUUCUCUGGUCAUUUUUGGAUCAUUUUUCAUCAUCAAUCUUGUAUUGGGUGUGUUGAGCGGAGAGUUCUCUAAGGAAAGAGAAAAGGCUGUGGCGCGUGGGGAGCUGCAGAAGGCGCAGGAGAGCAAGCAGAUGGAGGAGGACAUGAUAGGCUACAUGGACUGGCUCAUAGAGGCCGAGGAUGUGGAUGAAGAAGGAAAUAAACGUGCUGCGAUCGCCAAGAAAAAGAUGAUGAAGAAGUUUGGCUGGUAUAAACAUAGUGAGGAUGGAGGAGAGUCAGACUCUGAUGAUGAUAUAGCAUACCUCGAUGAUGACAACGGCUUCUGUGCUUCUCUCAUGGCGAAGAUGAUGGCCAAUAGCUUCUGUGACCAGUUGUGCCAGCUGAACCAUACCAUGAGGAAGAAUUGCCGUGUGGCCGUGAAGACCACUAACUUCUACUGGUUGGUGCUUCUGCUGGUGUUUCUCAACACUGUGGCCAGUGCCUCCGAGCAUUACGGACAGCCAAAGUGGCUCACAGAAAUGCAAGAGCGAGCCAAUAAGAUCUUGCUGUUGCUGUUCACCCUGGAGAUGCUGAUGAAGAUGUACGCCUUUGGCCUGCAGAUCUAUUUCAUGGCACUCUUCAACCGCUUUGAUUGCUUUGUGGUGUGCGGUGGCAUCCUCGAGACACUGCUUGUAGAGAUGGAAGUUAUCCCGCCCAUCGGCAUCUCCGUGCUUCGCUGCAUCCGACUGCUCAGGAUAUUCAAGAUGACUCGGCACUGGGCUGCCUUAUCUGACUUGGUCAACUCACUGCUCAACUCCAUGAAAGCUAUCUGCUCCCUUCUGCUCCUGCUCUUCCUCUUCCUAAUCAUCUUCGCCUUGCUGGGUAUGCAGUUGUUUGGAGGCAAAUUCAACUUUGACGAGACUCAGAUGAAGAGAAGUACUUUUGACUCUUUCCCCCAGGCUCUGCUCACUUGUUUCCAGAUCCUCACUGGAGAGGACUGGAACGCUGUGAUGUACGAUGGCAUUAUGGCCUACGGAGGGCCGAUCUUCCCCAACAUGGUGGUGUGCAUCUACUUUGUCAUCCUCUUUGUCUGUGGUAACUACAUCCUGCUCAAUGUCUUCUUGGCUAUCGCUGUAGACAACUUGGCAGGAGGCGGCGGAAAGACAAAAGUCGAAGAGAAAAAGGAAGAGGAAGAAGAGUGGGAUGAGGAUGAAGAGAAAGAGGAUGAAGAUGCAGGGAACGAAGAGGAUGAUUGGCAGGAAAACGAGGAGCUGAGGGCCAUUGAGGGACUGGAAGGAGUUGCUCCACUGAAGCCAGAGUUCUCAGGACCCAAAGAAAAGAUCGUCCCAAUCCCAGAUGGAAGCUCCUUCUUCAUUCUUGGAAAGAAAAACUGUUUGCGUGUCGCCUGCCACAACCUCAUCCAUCACCCUUACUUCACCAACUUCAUCCUCAUCUUCAUCAUCCUCAGUAGUAUUUCCUUGGCUGCUGAGGAUCCAAUCAAAUCUCACUCAUUCAGGAACAUCGUUCUCGGUUACGCCGAUUAUGUUUUCACUUCGGUUUUCACAGUGGAGAUCGUACUAAAGAUGACAGUCUACGGAGCUUUUCUGCACACCGGCUCCUUCUGUAGAAACGCCUUCAACCUUCUUGACUUGCUGGUCGUCAGUGUGUCGCUCACAUCCUUCUUUCUACACUCAAGUGCGAUCUCUGUGGUGAAGAUUCUUCGAGUACUUCGAGUGCUCAGGCCCCUUCGAGCCAUUAACAGAGCCAAGGGACUAAAGAAUGUGGUGCAGUGCGUGUUCGUGGCGAUCCGCACCAUCGGCAACAUCUUGAUUGUCACAACACUCCUUCAGUUCAUGUUUGCCUGUAUUGGAGUGCAGCUCUUCAAGGGCAGAUUCUACAGCUGCACAGAUGAAGCAAAACACACUCCUGAUGAGUGCAAGGGAACUUUUGUGGUCUAUAAAGACGGGGAUAUGAACCACCCCAUGGUGAGAGAGAGGAUUUGGGAAAACAGCGAUUUCAACUUUGACAAUGUGUUAAUGGGCAUGCUGGCUUUGUUUACUGUAUCAACAUUUGAAGGCUGGCCUCAGCUCCUCUACCGGGCUGUAGAUGCUAAUGCCAUAAACAGAGGACCCAUUUACAACUACCGAGUAGAAAUCUCCAUCUUUUUCAUCAUCUACAUCAUCAUCAUUGCCUUCUUCAUGAUGAACAUCUUUGUGGGUUUUGUCAUCAUCACAUUUCGAGAACAAGGAGAGGCCGAGUUCAAAAACUGCGAACUCAACAAAAAUCAACGCCAGUGUGUGUAUUAUGCACUGAAAGCUCAACCUAUAAAGAUUUACAUUCCCAAAAACCCAUCCCAGCUCAAAUUCUGGAAAAUCAUUAACUCCAGCCAGUUUGAGUACGUCAUGUUUGUGCUGAUUCUGGGCAACACCCUCACUCUGGCUGUUCAGCAUUACGAGCAGUCAAAACUAUUUACUUCCAUCAUGGACAUCCUCAACAUGAUCUUCACUGUGGUUUUCACGAUAGAGAUGAUCAUCAAGUUACUGGCGCUCCGGGCUCAUCACUAUUUCAUUGAUCCUUGGAAUUCAUUCGAUGCUCUGAUUGUGGUCGGGAGCGUGUUGGACAUUGCGGUCUCUGAGUUUAGUGGAGGAGGCGGCCACGGAGAGGGUAAAGGAGAAAGUGGAAAAGUGUCCAUCACGUUCUUCCGUUUGUUCCGAGUCUUGAGGUUGGUCAAACUGCUCAGCAAAGGAGAGGGCAUCCGAACCCUCCUCUGGACUUUUGUCAAGUCCCUCCAGGCUUUACCUUACGUCGGUCUGCUCAUCGCAAUGAUCUUUUUCAUCUACGCUGUGAUCGGCAUGCAGUCAUUUGGGAAAGUGGCCGUUGACGACAACACACAUAUCAACAGAAACUGCAACUUCCAAACUUUCUUCAUGGCUGUUCUGGUGCUUUUCAGAUGUGCCACUGGAGAGCAGUGGCAGGAGAUCAUGUUGGCAGCUCUGCCCGGUAGACGCUGUGACCCAGAAUCCGACACUGAGCCUGGUGAAGAGUUCAGCUGCGGUAGCAACUUGUCCUACCUCUACUUCAUCAGCUUCUUCAUGCUCUGUGCUUACCUGAUUAUCAACUUGUUCAUUGCUGUCAUCAUGGACAACUUUGAAUACCUGACACGAGACUGGACCGUCCUCGGUACUCACCACCUGGAUGAGUUUAAAAGAGUUUGGUCUGACUACGAUCCCGAAGCCACCGGUCGAAUAAAGCACAUUGAUGUAGUCACUAUGCUGCGUAGGAUUCAGCCACCUCUUGGUUUUGGAAAACUGUGUCCUCAUCGUGUCGCUUGCAAGAGACUGGUUUGUAUGAACGUCCCACUGCACCCUGAUGGGACAGUCACCUUCAACGCUACUCUGUUUGCUCUUGUGCGAACCUCAUUGAAGAUCAAGACUGAAGGCCCCAUCGAUCAGCAGAAUGAAGAGCUGAAGGUGAUCAUUAAGAAGCUCUGGAAGCGCACUAAACCCAAGCUCAUAGAUGAAGUAAUUCCUCCACCUAGAGGCGAUGAGGUGACUUGUGGGAAGUUUUAUGCCAGCUUCUUGAUUCAGGACUAUUUUAAAAAGUUCCGCAAGAGAAAGGAGCGGGAGAGGAAAUCCAAAAAGAAGGACAAGGCAGCUUCUCUUCAGCAAGGGCUGCGGACACUGCAGGAUCUGGCUCCAGAGAUGCGUCUGGCAAUGGCCUGUGACCUGGAAGAAGAGGAGGGUGUGGACGGAGAGAUGACAGGUGAUGAGAUAUUCGACAGCGAGCCUGGAACCUCAGUGAACACUACGCCCGCCAGCACGCCGAUGCCACCUAUAGACUCACUGAUAGAGCAGACAACUGUGAUCGUCGAGCCAGAGCCCAAGGUAGAAAACGGGGGCGUGAUCACAGAGCAGGUGACGGGCCUGCAGGAGCACCAGAGACCAGGAUCAGAGCUGGCUGGAGUCAGCGUUGUAACAGAGCAGCCUGUGAAGUCCGACCCCCUGCCCAUCAGGGUGGACUCCAUCAGUGAGCUGCCUCCUCCUCCUACCCCUGAGAUAACGAUUGAACAGGUCAUAGCUGAAGAACCAGUCGUAGCAGCUACAACCGCAGUAGCUGAGCAGGUUUACUGCAGUGAGGGAGAUGCUGCAAGUCUAGCAUCAGUAGACAGGUAUGUGUAUCCAGAGGCCGUCUCUCCUGCACCAACUGAGACAGGCUACAAUGAACAGAGUCUGGAAAGAGCUAACAGCAUCGGGGAGAUACCUUAUGAUACCAACGGCUUCGUUAGCAACGGUUACGAUGGCACCAACAUGAAUGGAGGGAGUGUUGCUGCAAGUCCCAGUCCUUAUCCCACAAAUGGAUAUAAUGGGAACGGAUACACAGGCUACAAUGAAAAUGGCAGCAUUAUCAGCGCCAAUGGCAACGGGAGUACUGUGAAUGGCUGCCAUGAAAAUGGCAGCACUGUCAGUGGUUACACUGGGAAUGGCUACAAUGGAAAUGAGAACGGCAACACACAGUUUGUCAGGAGACGGCUACUUCCAUCCAUACCGAGAGGCCAUAAGCCUGCUUUUAACUUCCAAUGUCUGAGGCCACAGAGAAGUGUGGAUGACGUCCCCAUCCCAGGAAACUACCGUGGGAACACAUCUCCAACUAGAUCCCGUCUACAGACCCAGCACAGCCUGGACUCCCGGCCCAGCAGCGUUUCCUCAAUGUCGUCCGCCUCCUGGGCUAACACAACAGCAGCUGGCACCACUCCUGUUCCAGGAAUAAUCACCCCCUCGGCACGCAGGGGCAAGUUGAUCUACACCCCUAUGAUCCUGGUGGACGAAGCCACCGGCACCAGCCAGCCGCUGUGGAACGACGGCUCUGCCAGCCUCCCUGUAGGAAGCCGUCCCGGCUGGUACCCCGGUCAAACGAGGACCUUCACCAGCAUGAGGGUGCCGCCUGUCAACCAGGGCUUCGUAGAUAAAGGCAGUGCAGACAGUCUUGUCGAGUCGAUCUUGAUCUCCGAGGGUCUCGGUGUCUACGCGAGGGACCCGAAGUUUGUGAGCUUUGCCAAGCGGGAGAUUGCUGAAGCUUGUCACAUGAGUCUGGACGAAAUGGAGAAUGCUGCCGCUGACCUGAUAGCUCGGGGAACCAGUCAGUCGAUUUCACGCUUUGAGGAUGAACUGGCCGAUGAAAUGAACUGUGUGAUUUCUUACUGAGAUCAGCAAAACUGAAAUAACUGUGUGAGAAAGUGAGGUAUGAAGUUUGUAAAGAGAAAAAAAAAAGAGAACAAAAUCUUUUUUAUGUGGUGUGUGUUUAUAUCUGCCAUGGAGAAAAAAAAAGAAACAUCCUACAAAUGAGAUUUUGAGAGCAUGUCUGUAUACUGUAUGUAUCAGAUUUUAACACAUGGGGCAUCCGUUUCGUCUAUUUACCAUGAUGUCCCAAGGUAAAAGGUGAUGCUGAUGAUAUGCUUUUGUUUGUGAAUGCCAAAACACACACACACACACACAUACACACACACUGAUUUUAAGAGCAUAUGUCAGUAUAUGGCAGGACUCAACAAGGAUUCCUAUGAACAUUAUAACUGCUGCAUAUGAUCAACUCUUAGCAUUAUUAUGACAAAAGAACUUUUUUUUUGCAUUGUAUUCUCAUUUUGUACUAUACUUGAAUUGUUACCACUUUAUAUACCUUUAUUUACUGUAUGUUCAGCUGCAAUUAUGGCACAUAAACUGUAAAUUUCAAACACAUUAAACACAGUUUGUAACACACUUGGUAUCAGAGAUCCAGUCGGAAACAUUGAUUUCGUGAGUUCCCAGCAGCAUUAGCUAUUUUAGAGAAAUAUUUAAAUAUAAUGAAUAUCCUCUAAGAUGCAACAUGCAAACUAAUAGAAAAAAAAAUCUGCUUUUGGAUUUUUGUAACUGUCAACUAAUGUGUACAAAUAAAGCAAGUUUUCUCAAAUGUAUGCUGCUUUUUUAAAAAAUGUGAUUAAUAUUCCAAACAGUGUACUUGAGCUCAAAUGUCCUUUUGUUUGUUCACAGCAGUGUUUCAAUUGAUGUUGAAAACUGCAGCAAAAUACAAAAGAGCGACUUAUAUAAUCGGCCAUUAAUGGACUGACAGAUGGUGAACAUCUGGAUUUCACUUCUGCCUUUUAAAGGAAAAAGAAGCAUGCAUAACAAUAACCUAUAUGUGUCUGUUGUUCAGUUAUAAAUUACACAUUUCACAUUCACACCUUGUAGUAUUUGCAUGAAUGUAGAGUACCUGAACCUCUCUUUACUGAACUUGUAUUUUGCACAAUAAGGCUUAAGUUCUACUAAAAUGGAAAACAUAUUUUUCUAAAAACACAACAUAUUUUCGUUGAUGUCAAGUGAUCGUGCUGUCUGCUAAUGACCAGCAGCAGUCCACGAACCUUUUUUUUAAUGUCCCCCCUCUACAUCACGCCUCCUGCCUACUAAAGCGUGAACAGUCUCCAUGCGCUCCUCUCUUCAUUAUAACCCCCGGGCAAUCUCAGCUGCCUUAGAAUAAAGCGGCGCCGCGAUUGGACAGACGGCUCCGCUCGUCUUUACUCCACGUCCAAUAGUUUUUCUGACGUCACGACGCCUCACACGUCCUCGCCCAGCUUCGUGACGCAGUCCAGCUCUUCCUCCUGGGCGUCAUCCUCCCCUGGGCUGUUCCGGAUGAGACGCCUCCAUCCCUCCGCCCCUCUGAUCCUCUUAUCAGCGAGUAAGCGGCCA